CAGAAUGAUCGCGAUUUUUGACGAUCGCUCUUUCUUUGUGGAUCCCAAUUUGUUCGAGAAGUUCGUGAACCUUUUUGUAUACGAACGUUGAGUAUACCUAUUCUGCACAUGUUGAAUAACAACUUUUCUUAGCCACGAAAAAAGUUUUUUUCUGAAAACAACCACUACGUACGACAACCUGCUGAGCAGAGACAACCACCGAGUGAGCAGCAGCUCAAGAACCUUCAAACUCCUAACUGGUUUUCCGGAGCAGCUACCGGUUUGACUCCAAUAAAACCAGCAGCAACUACCCCCUGUCGACACGAUGCCGCAGUCUCCGUGCCUGAAUGAGAUCCUGGCCUCCCCGCUGGUUACCGGCGAAGGCCUGGGACUGGACCUGCCGAAGCCGGAGGUGUUUCAGGAGAACAAGAAGAUCCAACUGGUCGAGUCGGUCGACGCUGGAAAGAAACUGUUCACCGAGUUUAAGCAGUCCGCGAGCAAGAUGUCGGUGUUGGAUUUUUCCGAAUCCGAGAUCGCGACCACGCCCUUGGACGCUCUGACCGACUGUAUAAUGAUUCUGAUAGUACAACUGAUUUAGUGAUCUGUCAUGUUGUAUUGCUCUUGCUGCAUGAAUAAACCGUCUUUUCUUGCAAGGUGCGCAUGACAAAUCCAAAUGUUCCUAUCCAUUAUGAAAAAAUCGAAAAUCUUCACAGUGAAGUCGAAGAACUUCCCCUUCGAUAAGGAGGCGGAGAAGUUUACUGCGGCCGGUUUUAUGCGGGUUUUGAAGGAGCAGCGCGAGGAGAAAAGUAUACUUCGUUUUCUUUUGCAGUUUGUCUUUGUGCAUGAUACCCCAAAGAUUAAGUACAUCGUGACAAACAAGAACAACAAAACAAACUAACAGCCUGGGUCAAGCCGAUUGCCCUGUCGCCCGCUAUCUCAAAAGCGUCCUGCAUGACCGCCGGUUCGGGAAUGGCUGCGAUUAAGGCCCCCUCGGUGGCGGGAUUCGCGGUCAAGAAUCGGGACUUGGCCAAGGCGGAGGAAUUGAAGAAGGAUGCGGUCAAGCGGUGGAUCCAGGCGCAAUUUUCUGCGAUGAAGUUGCUCCCCACGCGGCGCGAGGUGAUCGACGCGGUGGUCGAGAUGGAGGAAAAACUGGACGGUUUGUUGUAAGGAAGAGAAGUCGCAUUUGUUUUGAAAUUGAUUUGCACGGGCAACGAUAAUAUUUAGAUUUCUGCUUGACAGGACAAUCGAAAUGAAACUUCAAGUAGGAUAGAUCGAACAACACAAUGCACAAUCUCAAUCUACUGGUACUCCAACUUCAUCUAGCUUUUAUUACUAUAACAUCCUGGAUAUCGAUACUUGUAUUUACAACAAGCAAACAUUGUUACUGUAGGGCUAGGACACUAACAACGUUGUAACUUAAACAAUCAAAAAAGUUUUCAUCUUUCCUAUCUUGCAAGACCUUUGAUUUUGUGUUUCGUGGGGUGGAAAGGGGGAAGUGGAAAGCUCGUUGGUAAUGCAGCGGCGCCGCUGCUUGUGCAGGCGCAGGGCUCGGGGCGACGGGAUUGCUUUGCACAAAACAUAUGCGCAACCUUUGUAGCUUUCACGCAAAGAUGCAUUUUUCGGCAAUAUUUUGCAGCCGUCACGCAAAGAGUCAUUUUUUAUUGUCGGCACGCGAUCAAGCAUCAGGCAUCUGGCAUCACCUGAUAUCACCUGAUAUCACCUGAUAUCGCCUGAUAUCACCUUAUAUCACCUGAUAUCACCUGAUAUCACUUGAUAUUAUCUGAUAUCACCUAAUAUCACCUGAUAUCACCUAAUAUCACCUGAUAUCACCUGAUAUCACCUGAUAUCACUUGAUAUCACUUGAUAUCACCUGAUAUCACUUGAUAUCACCUGAUAUCACCUGCUAUCACCUGCUAUCACCUGAUAUCGCCUGAUAUCGCCUGAUAUCACCUGAUAUCACCUGAUAUCACCUGAUGUCACCUGGUAUCACCUGAUAUCACUUGAUAUCAUCACCUGAUAUCACCUAAUAUCACCUGAUAUCACCUGAUAUCACCUGAUAUCACCUGAUAUCACCUGAUGAUAUCACCUGAUUUCACCUGAUAUCGCCUGAUAUCGCCUGGUGAUAUGCCGCCGGCCUGGGCAGGUGACCUGCCUCUGACCUGGGCAGGUGACCUGCCCCCGACCUGGGCAGGUGACCUGCCUCUGACCUGGGCAGGUGACCUGCGCCUGCUCUAGGCAGGUGACCUGCCCCUGCUCUGGGCAGGUGACCUGCCUCCGCUCUGGGCAGGUGACCUGCAUCUGACCGGGGCAGGUGACCUGCCUCUGACCUGGGCAGGUGACCUGCCUCCGACCUGGGCACGUGAUCUGCCUCCGACCUGGGCAGGUGACCUCCUGCCUCCGACCUGGGCAGGUGACCUCCUGCCUCUGACCUGGGCAGGUGACCUGCCUCCGACCUGGGCAGGUGACCUGCACCCGACCUGGGCAGUUGACCUGCCUCCGACCUGGGCAGGUGACCUGCUCCCGGACCUGUGACAGGUACCUGUGACAGGUACCUGCUGCCGGACCUGUGCAGGCGGGUUGCGCAGGUAUCUGCGCAGAUCCCUGCUCUCGGAUCUGUGCAAAUACCUGCACAGCUCCCUGCACAUGCAUCAGUCGCGUGAUGUAACUUCCAGGUUGCAGUCAUCGCUAGGUGGUUCUAGGUUGGGCGGAAUUGACCAAUGUGCAUUUUCCACCCAUGGAAGACAGAAACUCGCCCUCGUUAUUAUCGCAAGCACAAUAGAGAAGUUGAACAGGAGAACGAACAAGAAGAUCGUAGAUCGGUAUAACAGGUUUUACACGACCGUAUUGCGCGGCUUUGUUUAUAAUCUAUUUCGAAUAUGUGUUUCACAGGUGAAAAUUGAAUGUACAACUACAGCAGAUCGCUUCAACGACAACUAUGAUUCAUUUCUUCAGGUUUUCUUGUACAAAACAAAAGAAUAGACCAAAGCAGAUUGUUUGAUUUUUCUUGAAAAAACGUAUGGUAUCACGACCUUCUAACUUCGAAUGCAAUUGUAUACCCGCAACUAGACCAUCUCUACGCACCAGCUUUACUCGCUUGUGGUUCAGCGCCAGAGUAUGGAGGACGGCACCAGAGGAAACAAGUAUCGCCUGUGCGAGUACUAGUUUAGUAACGAUCUUCGCGUGACUUAUUUUACAACUAUUCUGUACGAUUUCUGUUUCUCUUCAGACUAGGAUCCCGAUGUAAAAGUAGAGAAGCGCACCAGCGGCUUGCUUCCAGGCACAUCAAGCUCCUGAGAAUACCAGAAGGAGAACAAGAUAUUGCGGUGUCUGCGGCAGCCAGAUUCAACGACACGGACUCUACAAAGGAUUUUUGAAAUUUGAGAACAAUUCAUUGAAUUCACAAAGCACC